AUGGGCGCGGGUCAGUCGAGCGAGUAUAGCGGAGCAUCUCCAGAAGAGCUAAGCUACGUGCUUGCGGAGCGGUUUGCAACAAAAUGCUUCACCCCGCUAGAGCUCACCCAUUUCAAAGACAACUUUUACUCCCGUGCUGCGGAGCAGGGGGGCUUCCGAUACUGGAAUGAAAAAAUACUCUCCGAUUUCCUUGGUAUCCCAGACGGCAGCUUUGCGGCAACCCACGAAAACCCCUUGGAUGCGGGGCCAGUCAUCUUCCGCAUGGUCUCGUAUUUGGGAGCAUUUCCGUUCCAAAAUACCCUUGCUCCGAGCGUUUUGACGUUUGAAGCAAUGGUAAAAGUGGUUGUGUUGCUGACGGAGCGUUAUGGCAAAGCACUCCGACGAGGGCGGAAGGACCGGAUUAAAUUGCUAUUCGGGAGUCUUGCGGAUGUUGGAAGAAAACCGAUUGUUCAGCAAGACACUGGGGAAGGUGAGGAUUUUCCAAAGGAUGAAGAGACCGAAGCUCGACAUCUGAACUCGCAUGUUCCUGGCUUUACAAUAGAUGAGCCCGCAAACGACGACUACGAUGAAGACGAAGACGACGACCUUGCGCUCGCCGCAUUGGAGUCACUUGAUGCGAUUGAGGUGUUUAAACAUGAUCACCGAGUGGAUCGGACUGUCUACGAGACUAGCAUCUCGCUUGAUACAUUCCGUCGACUUGUAAUGCUGCUACUUGUCAUUUCGCCUUUGAAGUCUUUAGAGUCUGUCAAGACAUACACGUCUGAACUUAGCAACGAGAAGGUAGUCGAGAUUCAGAAGGAGGCAGAUUGGGUCAUUUCAGCAUUUUCUCCGGAAGAAAACAGUGGCGGUAUCUCAUACAGAGCAUUCGCUCGCACGAUAUCCUCGUCUUUGCCAUACCUCUUUGACCCCCUGACACCGCUAUUCGAACAUAUGCUCUUUAGCAGGAAUCUGAAUCUCUCGCAAAAACGAAAUAGCAACGCUGUUCUUGAGCAACAAACCAGCGAGAAGGCCCAGGAGACCCCUCCGCCAACUUCAAUCAUGUUGCCGGGAAGUUUCGAGUCCUCUAUUCUCAAUUCAACCCUCAUCUCCCACAUUUCCUUCUUCCUGCCAGCUUCAUCUCCCUCAAUCGAUCUAUUUCGCAGCGGCGUCCGCCUACACCCGGUAUUCUCAACAGCCGCACACGGCUCUUCGCUAACCUCCUUCUCCCACAACGAGCCCCCCGAAGACUCGGACUCUGAGAAAGACCUGAUAACGCUGGGCGCUUAUAUCCCCCACGCUUGGAAAUCGCCUUCCUCGCACGGCUCGUCGUCCUCAUAUUCAUCCUCCACCCCUCUUCCAUGCCUCUUCCAAUUAUACCCGCAGCACAAAGUCCUACCAGGAAACCCGUCCCCAUCCAUAGAGAAGCAACCAAACACCCCAGCAGCCUGGUUCUCAACAACAUCUGGCAUCGCGCUGGGCUGCCAAAUUCCGCCAUCUUCACGCACGACCCACACAGUUCCAAAACCACAUGGUGCGGGCAGCCUACUCAUAGACGUGAAUCUUGAAACGGCGCAAUUCUACACCGAGCCUGUCGGGCAUGAGGGUGUUUUCUUGCCGUGUACGACGGCUUCGGCGAAUGAGCUUUCGACAAGGGUCGAGAUUGAUAUUUAUACCCUUGAGAUCUGGGGUGUUGUCCCGGGUCCAGAGAACGAGCAGGGAUCCGGUGCUGAGGAUGAUGCGGUGAAAAUCCAGCGUGCGAAGUGGGAAUUUGAGGCUAGAGAGGCGGAGCGCAGGAGAAAUGUUAAUAUCAACACUGGGGGUGGAGAUUCGGCGAAGGAGAGCGCGAGGUGGUUGUUGGAGACGGCGGGGAUUAUUACGGAUCAUGGACAGCAUGAUGGCUAG